UAUUUCUUUUCUUUGUAUCGUAUCGAGUGUUUUGAUGCCAAACAAAAAAAGGAAAAACCUUAAAAGAAAUAUCCGGAAUACAAACACAACGUUAAUCGCAUCGUAUUUCAAUAUUGACGCAGCUUUUAAUUUUCUUUGAUAAAAAAAAGUGGUAAAAAAUACCUUCUGCGUAAGUCGAUGGUAUAAUAUAAAUAACGCGUAACAAAUACAUAUUUUUAUCGUUAAAAAAUAACUCUACGUACUAUUUUCGUGCUCGUUCAUUGAUCGUACAUAAAUAAACUAUUUACGUAUGCAACGUGGAUAUUAUAGGUUACGUUCUUCAAGGAGCGUACAAAACAAUAUUUUAUUAGUAAUGCGUUCGUGUUGGUAAUGCAAUAACGACUAAUAUCGAGCGAAAGCAAAAGCACGAUUUACGAUUAUUGAUCGAUAUGGAUCCUACGGAAGAUUGGAGUGGCAAUUGCCAGACAUCGGACGACAAUGUAACGCAAGAAAAUGAGAGGCAAGAGGUUAGCCAAAUCGUACCUGGAUAUUCAAAUUUCGAUGAUUACAUUCAGCACGCGUUUGGAGCUAUAAGAUCUGGGAUUAAAGCUGCCAAUAAUUUACCAAUUGGAUCAAAUUUUAACUACUAUUCGUGCUUUCCCAGUUUUCUUAUCGCCAAAGAUGAUAAUAUUAAACUGCUAUUAAAUGCCAUGCAACACAUGUUUGGAACAGUGGGAAUUAGAAAUAAUAUUUUGCAUCGCGAUGUCGAGGAAAAAUUUGACCUCCUGUUGGAAAUGAAUGAUAUACUUUUGGAUAGAGCUAAUGCAUUGAUGGACAAAGAAUCUGGUAUUACAAAAGACUCUGAAAUAGAAUUAGUGGUAUCCCAUACAAAACAGCAAACACUAAAUAGCAGUUGGAACGAACAAAUACGUAGACCGUCCGAGGUUUCGGAUGGUAUGCAACCUUUACGCUUACUGACCGGUAAAAAUAUUCAGAGACCACAGCUAACGUUUAAGGAUAAAAUCGAUAACGGUUCGAAACCUUGGUGUCCUAGAAUCAAGGACAAACCAAAUUCUUUAAAACCGUUAGCUAUUUAUUUGGAAGAGGACGAAAACGGCGGGGCGUUUAGUCAUCCGUACGAAUAUGAGUUGGAUAUGUUCGUGCCUCCCGACGAUCAAUUAAAGAAAUCUAAUCUAAUAAAGCAUUAUAAGUCUUUGGAAGAUACGCCGUUAAUAAUUAUCGAAAAUGUAGACGACAUUAAAUUACUGCUAGCAGAUCUAAAACAGUAUAAGGAAAUUGCCAUAGAUUUGGAACAUCAUUCCUAUAGAAGCUUUCAAGGAAUAACUUGUUUGAUGCAAAUUUCAACGGAGGACACCGAUUAUUUGAUAGAUACCUUGUCGUUGCGAUCCGAAUUACACGAACUGAAUGAAAUUUUUACUAACCGUAAGAUCCUAAAAGUAUUUCACGGAGCCGAUUUAGAUAUACAAUGGCUCCAGAGAGACUUGUCUUUGUACAUAGUAAACAUGUUCGACACGCAUCAAGCCGCAAAACACUUGAAUUUACCGUAUUUGAGCUUAGCAUAUUUAUUGAAACAAUAUUGCAAUAUAGAUCCCAACAAACAUUUCCAGUUGGCCGAUUGGCGUAUAAGACCACUACCGGACGAGCUUAAAAAGUAUGCUAGAGAGGACACGCAUUAUUUAUUGUACAUAAAGAACAUUUUAAAAAACGCUUUGAUAGACAUUGCUGGCGGACAAUCGAAUAUCUUGAAAGCCGUUUACGACAGAAGUACGGACAUAUGCAAGCAAGUUUAUGUGAAACCAGUGUGGACCGAAAAUAACUACCUGAACAUGUACAGAAAGAGUAAAAAAAUGUUUAACAAUAAACAAUUGUACGCUUUAAGAGAAUUGCAUAAAUGGAGGGAUCAGACCGCCAGAGUGGAAGAUGACAGUACCGCUUAUGUUUUGCCAAAUCAUAUGAUUUUAAACAUAGCUGAAACGUUACCACGUGAAAUGCAAGGGAUUCUAGCUUGCUGCAACCCUAUUCCCCCUUUGGUACGACAAAACUUGUUAAAGUUGCACAAGAUAAUAUUAAAAGCUAGAGAACAACCGCUCAUUAAACCAGUUCUCGAAGAUCUCAGGCAAAGAUUAACUCAAAGAAAUCAUAUUACAAAUAUAGAAGCGUGGAUGUAUGCUCCUCAUGACAUUCCGAGCGGCAUGGAAGCAAGAGCCGAUUUACCGUGUUUGUUAAAUGAUAAUGGAUCGGAAACAUCGAUCAUGGACACUCUUGUGAAACAUACAGUAACGGUAUUCGACAGCCCGGUUACAUCAGAGGACGAGGAAACAACCAUAGAUGGACAGAAAAAUGUUAGAAAGAAAAAGUUAGUUUUCGUUAGCCCGUUUGAACGAUACAAACGCGUUAUACCUAUGGUAGCGGCUGAAGAAGCACGAGAAAGGGAAAGACAGAAGCAGGAAGAAGAUCUCAAGAAAGAUGUUAAAAAUGAACCACUGGAGAUAAUUGAAAGUAAAAAAAGAGUUUACCAACACUUUAAAGAAGUCGCUCAAAUUAACGAAGACGAUAUUGUAAUAACAUCGCCGAAGAAACCACCGCAAGUUACUUUGGGUCAAAUGCCUGGACGAAAAAGAAAACGAAAUUCCAAUAUUAAGAAACAAAAUAAAGAACGAGAAAAAAUUAAUGAUAACUUAUUGACGCCAGAUCCAUUGUUAGCGACUGAAAUUGCUCAAAAAGUAAAAAAAGAACACAAAUCAGAAAGUUUAAAGGACGAACAAAAGGCACAAGAAAGCUUGGCAAGGAUUCAGAGCCAAGUUCCAAACGAUACUUUUAAUUUCCGGCAAAGAAAAAAACUCGAAAAACGACGCAUAUGUAAAGGGUUGGAGAAAGAAGGUUUGAUGCCAUCGAAAAAGUUUGAUUACACAGAUGUGGAUUUUAGUAGUUUUCAAGGAGGUAGCAAAAAUAUGCCUAAUCAAGUGAACUUUGAACAAACAACGAAGAAACAGAAAGACAGGAAACGAAAUCGGAAGAAGCAGAAGUUGAAUAUAUAAACUGCAAUGUCGAAGCAUUUAUAUAAAAGCAAAUUAUCGUGUUAUACUAUAAUGCAUAAAUAGGUCUAAUAAAAAUUUUAUAUGUAUAAUAUAAAUUCAGAACUCAUACAUUGACUUAUAUUUUCUGUUGUAUUGUGUAUUGUACACAGUGUUUGAUUAUGACUAAUAUUCGAAAAUGCAUUGUUAAAUAUAUUU